UUAUUUUGAAGGUGGAGCAGUGUUUACAUUUUUUCAAGUCGGAAGUUCGUAAACCCGUUGGGCUGCAAGUGUUCUUGCACGGUUUUCCUAAAAAAAAUUUACCAGUUUAUUAUUGUUCUGUAAGUUGUCUCUACAUUAUUUAGAAAGGAAACGUGCAUGCAAAAUUGUUUUAAAGAGAGGCUCGCUAACAUUUGGAGUUCUGAUCCAUCUGGAUGUUGAGUGUGAGGGCUCUGUUUGGGAUCGGCUUCCUGGUGACCUCAAGGGCCACAGCAGUCCUCGCUCAGACAGGGACAUGCUCGCUGUCCACUGCAGCUAACAACCACAAGAGGGACUGUUUCAGCAGCAGACCAGCAUCCACCAUGGCCCAGACCAUCAAGUAUCUCGGGCAGGAGGAGGCGCAGCACAUUGACGAGGAGCUCUUCAGCGAGUACGGCUUCAGCGUGGACCAGCUGAUGGAGCUGGCCGGACUCAGCUGUGCCACAGCCAUCACCAAGGCGUAUCCAAUUACUUCUCUGGUAAAGGUCCGACCUUCUCUGCUGGUGAUUUGUGGACCAGGUAACAACGGGGGUGAUGGACUGGUCUGUGCUCGACAUCUUAAACUCUUUGGCUACGAGCCGACCAUCCUGUACCCGAAGAGGCCGAACAAACCUCUGUUCCAGGGCCUGACCACGCAGUGCCAGAAAAUGGAGAUCCCCUUCCUGACUGAGAUGCCUGAGGCAAAAGUGAUUGAUGAGGCUUACAACCUGGUGAUUGAUGCCAUCUUCGGCUUCAGCUUUAAGGGGGCAGUGCGAGAGCCUUUUGGUUCCAUCUUAGACGUGCUGAAGAAGACGACAGCCCCCAUCGCCAGCAUCGACAUCCCCUCAGGUUGGGAUGUGGAGCAGGGCAGCGCAGAUGGACUGCAGCCCGACAUGCUCAUCUCUCUCACUGCUCCCAAGAAGUCCGCCUCCUUGUUUAGAGGACGGUACCACUUCCUGGGAGGCCGGUUUGUUCCACCGGGCCUAGAGAGGAAGUACCAGCUCAACCUGCCUCAGUACCCCGGCACAGACUGUGUGUUACAACUGUAGGGGAUGCACUGAAGGUUUGAUGAGAGGAAAGGUGUCAUCUUUAAAGGAAUAGUUCAACAUUUUGGGAAAUACUUACUUUAUAAUUACUGAUUGGUAGAAGAGCUGUCCGGUGUGUUUUUGAGCUUUGGAUAGAGCCAGGAUAGCGGUUUUCUGUCUUAAUGCUUAAUGCUCUGUACUUCAAUAGUUUGGAUUUUUUUUAAGUGUGGUUGUAUCAGGUACUUAUCCCUUGUCAGUGUUUUAUCUACUGUAGCGACACAAAGCAGUUAUCUAUGUUUUUUCAAAGACACCAGACUCCAUAGACAAAAACACAAAUUUUACCUUGCAGAACACAGUAGUUCUGGGUCUGCCUCGAUCAGUUUGUUUGUUUAUAUUACUGUGCGACUUUGGUGUUUUAAAGGGUGAGUGUGUAUUCACCAAAGUCACAUAAUAACACAAUCAAAGUGAUCAAUCAAGGUAGGGGUACACGAGCAGCUUCUGUGUUCUGCAAGGUAAAAUUACCUUCUUUUUUUUUUCAAUGAAGUGUUGUGGCUUUGAAAGGGCAAAAAAUCUGAACUAAUCCCUUUAACACACUGACAUAUCAUUACAUCUUACAUUUGGAAAGAAAUCAUAUAAGCUAAUUUCUUUAAAUGUAGAACUAUUCCUUUAUAUCUGUGAAUUUGAUCGGUUAUCAAUGAAUCCUGUAAGGUGUUAUAAUAGAGCUUUAUAAGCUCUCUGGAAGAUUUUUUUUCAUGUGAUACCACAAAGCUUUGACAUGGUGGUUGCUUCAGCUACAUGAAAAUAAAAAAUAAUAUAAAUAAA